UCUUCUCUAUUGUUGAUGUUUUUCAACAUGUCAUAUUUAUAUUCCAUAGAGAAUUUUCCAUGUUUGUAGUACAUUUUACUUUCAUGUUCAUCUUUUUAAUCUUUAUGAUUCCUUACAGAAGUUGGUGGUGGGAUAAAUGGUAUUUCUGGAUACUCCUCCAGAAUCACCACAAAUAAUAAUGGAUGAUGAUCCAGGUUUCAUAGAAGAAGAAAAUAUUGAUGAAGAAAUACAGUGGUAUGAAGAAGUUUCAGUUGAAGAACUUGAUGAAGGCUUGGAGCAGGAUGAUGAUGAUGACGACGACGAUGAUACUGGGCAGGCAGAAGAAGGUGCAGAGGCCAUGGUACCAACAAGUGAUGAUUCAAAACUUGUUUUCACAAACCAUAUAGGUUCUGUAUUCUGUUGUGACAUUGAACCAAAAGAAUCCAAGCUCGUGAUAACAGGUGGACAAGAUGAAAAAGCAUAUGUGUGGAACACAAGUUCAGGAGAAAUUUUGUUUGAAUGUACAAAUCACAAGGAUUCGGUUUCUUGUGUUGGGUUCAGCCAUGAUGGAAUGUAUGCUGCAACUGCUGAUAUGUCUGGAAUUAUCCAGGUAUGGAAAGUGCCAACCAAAACUCUGGCUUGGAGUUCUGAUGACAGUUAUGGUGAUCUUCAGUGGAUGAAAUGGCACCCUGCAGCCCAUGUUUUGUUUUGUGGAUUUGCCACUGGUGAUGUCUUUGCUUUUAAAAUUCCGAGUGGUGAAAUUAAGGUCCUUCCUGGAUCUGGAGAGAAAACAGAAAGUGGAAUUAUUAUGCCAGAUGGAAAAAGGUUUGUUGUGGGGUAUGAGUCAGGAACAAUAAAAGUAUUUGAUAUAAAGUCAGUCAAGGUAAUACAACAUAUCAAAUCCGGUGAUGCACACAGAAGUAGUGUCACAGCAUUAGAUGCAUUCCAUGAUGACAACCUUAUUAUGUCUGGUGAUUUGGAUGGAAUUGUAGCUUUCAUCACAACAGCCACUGGAAGAGUAGUUAGUGUUUUUGACACCAAGGAGCUGGACAGUUCUGGUAGUGCAAGUGGUGACUCUGCAGAUGAUGAUCACCCAGCAGAAUUUUGUGUUGAGACAAUUGCAUUUUACAAAAAUCCAUCUUUUCCAGUUGCUAUAUCAGGAAAUUGUUAUGGUUGCCUAUUCAUUUGGGAUGUCAGCAGACAGGCACUGCGUUCAUUCUCAAAACAAGAUUGCGGCAUAACAACUAUUGUAUGGAGGAAGGAUAGUCCUGUAGCAUAUUUAGGCAGCUUAGAUGGUUCUGUACGAAUAUAUGAUGUUCAGAAUAAUCAAGAAGUUGGCCAGUUGAGUGGACAUCGAAGCUCUAUCUUAGACAUUUGUGUAUCUGUGGAUGGGCGAGAACUGGUAACAGUUUCCGAUGACACACAGUGCCGAGUAUUUGAUAUUCAGAGACUGUGAUAUUUGACCAAUUUUUAAUGGACAAUAGAAUACAGAAAUAACUAUGUUAAUGGUGUUUCAUAGGCUGAGUUGUGAUUGAAUACAACACACACGUCUGUGUUGUAUGUUUUCACAUUGUUGUUGUUCAUGUAUUAAGGUGAUACCAAACAGCAAACUAUGGUUAUUGAAGUGUGAUAUUACUGCAAACACAGUUGUUUGUGAAAUAUGUACAUGCAUAUUUCUAUAUGGAGACUUUAUUUUGAUUUUAAUAAAAGAUCAAAAAUCAAUUUUUUAAAA